AGCACCACGGCGCAGCAGACUCUCAAAGCGGAGAGCGAGGACGCUGUUCUGCAAUCACUGCAGGGCGGUCGUCGGAAGGUGGCUGGUUGGAGGCGGCGCGUCGCGAGGAGUUCCCACGGUCCCACCGCAGAUUUCUGCAGUGGAACUCCGAGGCGCAGAAUGAUUUGGGAAGUCGCUGUGUUGCUCAGUUUGGUCCUGGGAGUUGGUGCUAUUCCUGUGGACGAUCCUGAGGACGGAGGCAAGCACUGGGUGGUGAUUGUCGCGGGAUCAAAUGGCUGGUAUAAUUAUAGGCACCAGGCUGAUGCGUGCCACGCCUACCAGAUUGUUCACCGAAAUGGGAUUCCUGAUGAGCAGAUCAUCGUGAUGAUGUAUGAUGACAUCGCUAACUCUGAAGACAAUCCCACCCCAGGAAUUGUGAUCAACAGGCCCAACGGCUCAGACGUGUACAAGGGGGUUCUAAAGGACUACACGGGCGAGGAUGUCACCCCGCAGAAUUUCCUUGCUGUGUUGAGAGGUGAUGCAGAGGCAGUGAAGGGCAAAGGAUCUGGAAAGGUCUUGAAGAGUGGCCCCCGGGACCACGUGUUCGUUUACUUCACUGAUCACGGAGCCACUGGAAUACUGGUGUUUCCUAACGACGAUCUUCACGUCAAGGACCUGAAUGAGACCAUCCAUUACAUGCACAAACACAAGAGGUACCAAAAGAUGGUGUUCUACAUUGAAGCCUGCGAGUCUGGGUCCAUGAUGAGCCACCUGCCCCCCAACAUCGAUGUUUAUGCAACUACUGCUGCCAACCCCAAGGAGUCGUCCUAUGCCUGUUACUACGAUGAGGCGAGGUCCACGUUCCUGGGGGACUGGUAUAGCGUCAGCUGGAUGGAAGACUCGGACGUGGAGGAUCUGACCAAAGAGACCCUCCACAAGCAGUACCAGCUGGUGAAAUCCCACACCAACACCAGCCACGUCAUGCAGUAUGGAAACAAGUCCAUCUCUGCCAUGAAGUUGAUGCAGUUUCAGGGUCUGAAACACAAAGCUAGUUCUCCCAUCUCCCUGCCCCGAGUCAAACACCUUGACCUCACUCCAAGCCCCGAGGUGCCCCUCACCAUCAUGAAAAGGAAACUGAUGAGCACCAAUGAUCUGCAGGAGUCCAGGCGUCUUGUCAAGAAGAUCGACAGGCAGCUGGAGGUCAGAAAUGUCAUUGAGAAGUCAGUGCGGAAGAUCGUCGCCUUGAUCUCAGGGUCCGAUGCCGAGGUAGACAGGCUCCUGUCCCAGAGAGCCCCACUCACGGCGCACGACUGCUACCAGGCAGCCGUGUCGCACUUCCGCACGCACUGUUUCAACUGGCACAACCCCACGUACGAGUAUGCUUUGAGACAUUUGUACGUGUUGGUCAACCUUUGUGAAAACCCUUAUCCGAUUGACAGAAUAAAAUUGUCCAUGAACAAGGUAUGCCUUGGUUACUACUGAAAUGCUGUCGACACUUUUCUGAAUGUGAACACGUCCCUUAGAAUGUGUGCUGAUCAGAGACAGAAGAGCUGGGACCAGAGGGAGGCUCCCCCCGCGGCUGCAGGCCCUCCCGGGGAUGUGAUCAGGCCACGCGGGCCGCACUCCAGGCCUCCCCCGGGAUGGCUUGCUCACCUUUACCUACUUCCCCAGCUCCUACAGGUCCUGUGUGAUCCUCUGAAAAACCCACAGAUUUGGGAGGCUAAAUCUCUGCACUGAGAAAGGUGCAUUUGCUUUUUAAGAGGGUUUUUUUGCCCAUGACUUUUAAGGAGCGACACGUUCACUGGGGCUUCUGCAGCCAGUGAAAGAGUCUUUGAGGAAUUUGAAGUCAGAACCUCUUAAGUCUUUACAGUGAUUUUAUGGAAGAGGGACAUAAACCCCAAAUGGAAAACUAUUUUUAGAAAAUAGUAUAAUUUUUGAUUGCUUUUGUAUUUUAUUUGUCAAUAAUGGGCAAGUCUGAAAAAUAAAGAUUUAUAACUGAA